GACGACGACGCCUCACCGCUCCUCACCUCAAGAGGCUCACAAUGGCCACCCCGAGCAGCGCUCCUACCCGGAGCUCCUCAUUGCCGUGCCGUGUUGCUCUUCUCCUGUCGGGUCUCAUCGCCCUCCUGGGUCCCGUGGCAUCCAGGAGCGCUCCUCUCGUCUGCCUGCAGGCGUGCGAGAGCUGCCUGGAACCCGCCCAGACCGAGCCGCUCUGCUGGAUGCAGUGCCUCGGGGAGUGCAGUCGCCUUGCGGCACCAUCCGCUGACGGCUCCGAGAUUGUGCUCCUAGGAGGAGGAGAUGAGGCGCCAGAGGGAGGAGACGUCUCCGCCGACAAGCGGGUCCAAGAGAGCGCCGACGGCUACCGGAUGCAACACUUCCGCUGGGGACAGCCUCUGCCCGGCAAGAAGCGGCAGCCGGAGCAGAGCCAGGGGGCCCCUCUUGGCAUGGGGAGCGACGAAAACGCACGGGUGGUGAACGGAGGGCAGGCUUGGGACGAAGGCUGGACUCUCGACGACCAGGCAAACGAGGUGGACGCGCGGCAGUGGUCGGCGGCCCCCUCCAAGAAGGGCUCAGCGCAUCUGAGCAUGCAGAAGGAGAACCCGGAGCUCUACCAGAUGAACCACUUUCGGUGGGGGCAGCCGCCGACGCACUUCAAGCAGAAGCGCUACGGCGGCUUCAUGCGCAAGUCGCCGGGCUACGCGCACCUCAAGCCGCUGGUCACGUUCUUCCGAGAUGUCAUGAAGAACGACAGCCCAGCGAUGCUCAAUAAUUAGGCGGCAGACCCUCCCCCCCCCCCCCCCCCCACCACCGAGCGACGGAGCGAAGGGGAUCCAUGUGCGGGCGGGAGGUUGUUGCCACAGUUGCCGUGGCUGUUUUUUUUUUUGGGAAGGUGAUGCUGUAACAGCCCCGGUGCCUUACAGUUUCGGGAGACAAAGUGGCCCGUGAAAUUUCACGGUGAGAGUGCCCCCCCUCCCCAAAUCCCACCCCAAAACCUCCCGUUUCUCGGCACUUAUGAUUGUGAUUUCUCAUCAGCUUACAACACUAUUCCCCGCCGUCAAUUUCUCUAACCCCAUAAGAUUACAAUGGUGAAAGUUGUACGGUUUAUUUUAUUUUUCGCCUCGGUCAAAAAGGGUGUGCGCAGCUCAUCGGUAAUACAACAGGGCCCUGGUUUUUUCCAGUCGGAUUGAUUUGACUGCGCAAUGAAAACCAGUCCAAGUCAGCGCUGCGACUGAAACUGACUCACAGUUUCGAAGGAAUCUUCUAAAUAACUGAGAUGGAUAAGAAAAAAUGUCUACAGUGGUUGGUGGCUAGGUUUAGAUAAGAUGCAACCAAAGUGUGGACAGAAUGGCCUCGUAUUUACCACCACCGUUAUUGCCAAACACUGCCCCCUACACGACUGAAAACUAUUGGGACACUCUGGGCAAUUGCCCUCAUUCACGAACGGUCCUCGUGUUUUUAAUCGGUUCAUUAUAGCGAUAAAAAAACUAAGUCUUUAAAUCCACCCCCACCACCUUAAAAAAGUCACAAAAAGCCCGGCAUGCUUUGCGAGUCAAGAUGACUCCGCCAUUCGUGUGCAAUGUCGUGCUGGAAUUUGAAUUUGGUAAACGCCCGUGUUUCUAUUCACCAGCACCAAUGCGGACAAGACAGCAUUACCUGCGCAAUAAUGACCACCUCUUUGUCAACUGAUCCUCUCUCUUUAAAAUCACACCCACCCGUAUCAACGUUGUACUCCCAAACACGCUCUGGCAUCACGCACAAUGACCAAUAAUAACUCCCGAUGCGCAUUUAACUCCUCCGCGUGCGUUUUUUUCUUCAGUCCGCUGGUUAUGACACUCUCUCGUUGUCGACACGCCACGUGCCUCUUUAUGUGCUCACUUGAAAUAAACACAUGUAACCCACUUUUA